GGUGCUCCAGGGUGAUGCCUGCUUUGCUUCCACAGUGCUGAAGGGUUGCUUAUACUUACCCCAUCCUAGGCUGUUUGUUGCUCGUUGAAAGCUUUUAAAGAACUCAUUUUUCUGGCGCUUCUCUGCAGAACGUUAUUCCUGGCAUCUGACACCUUUGCUGAACGCUGGUGUGGUUUGCUGUUGUUCUGCCUAUUUCUCUUUAUAAACUUCUAGGGUGUUGGAAGACUGUUUGCCCCUGUCUUUUCCUGAUGGAAUUGCUUUGGAGAGUGAAAUUAUUCCCUUGGGGAAUGUGCUUGUCAAAGGAAAUAAUGGAAGACCCCCUCUUUGGGAAUAUUAAAGCUGGAGGGGGCAAAGAAACCUGGAUCGCAGUGUUGGGAGUUAGUCAUCAGCGUGGAAUUGAUUCUUGGGAAGUUGUCUUACUUGCAGGAGUAACCACAGCUGGUGCAGCUUGGAGUGUGCGGUCUGCCAGUGUUUAGACCACAGGUUAGCUUGGCUUAGUUUUCAGAGUGUGAAAAGAAAUAGUAAUGCUUAGUGGAAUGGAUAUAGAGAAGAGGGAUCACUGAGGUUUUCUGCCUGAUAUGAGUGAGUCUGGAAAACUGAAAUGGGUUUGUACUUUUGCAGCUCUUUUUAAAAAGCAGAAACAUAUAUCCAGUUGAGAAGCUGGAAAAGCACAAGGAAGGAUCAUGUCUCUGUUUCUAGAUGCUGAAGGUGAAACAGUGCUAGCGUUGGUGGGGGCAUCCCUUCUUCCAUAGUGCUUUAUGCUUUGUGUGGACUGUAGCGAGGAGCUGCGUGAUUUAAUAUUUUUUGUUAGCCAGCAGAGCUGCGCUUAGUGGGGUGCACUGAUGCACUCAUCCCUUUUGCUAGGUAGAAGGGAAUGUGCUUUCUUCCAGUAUUUCUGUAGUUCUCUGAGAAAUCCUGAUGAGCUGUUGGGCACAUGCGAAGCCAACUUGCAGAUUACUCUGCUGCAGAUGAGGAAAUUGGUAUUUUGUUGAGGAAGGGCUGGUGAGCCAGACCCCUCCUGGAGAACCUGACAUUGUCCCAGUACAGCUCUCAGUUUUCCUUCAGAUGCAUCUUGUGCUGGUUGAUUGCACUGAAACAAGACGUGCACGGCACAGAGUGUCUGGAUUUGGAGAGUCCUCUGUGUUGCACGUGGACGUGAUGGUGCACGAGAACUAUAUUUGCUAAACACUUUCUAUAAAGCAGUGAAGAAGCAGGGAGGAUACCGGUGCUACAGGAAAAAAAAAAUGACGCAAGUGAGCACUUUCUUUUAAUCUUCUAGAGUAAAGGCCUUGCAGAGUAAGGUGAAGAGUGGGCAGGAAGGAGGAGGUAGUGUCAUACAGCUGGCUUAACCCUCUGUUAAUUUGUCCUGCUCUAACUGACAGAGUAAAACCUCUUGCUUUGUCAUCACUUUGCAGUUGCCUCCUGUUCAGUCAAUAAUCUCGAGAUGGUGCCUUCUGGGUAGCCAGGGUUAAGCAAGUAAGUGCCUUCUGCAACUUUUAUUUUGUUUCUUCCAAAGCAGCUGGAGGAGCUCGACGGGGCCAUACGACCAAAACUCCUUGUCUUGUUUUGACGGAGGCUUUCCCUGCUGCUUGCCACCGUUCGUGCUGGAGCUCACAGUUCCCCAUCAGCGCUUGCUUGCAGAACCGUAGGUGCAAGUGCCUUUGACCAUCAUGGGGGAUGCUGGCAUGGAACCGAACAUCUCCCCUCCCGACAACAGCGCACAGCAGGACUCUGCCUUCAGCAUGAUGGACCUGUUUCUCAUCUCACUCAUCAUUGGGCUUUUUACUUACUGGUUCUUCUUCCGCAAGAAAAAGGAGGAAGUCCCAGACCUCCCCAAAAUGCAAUCAGUAGCAGCUCCGGUGAGGGACAGCAGCUUCAUUGAGAAGAUGAAGAAGACGGGGCGAAACAUAGUGGUUUUCUAUGGUUCCCAGACGGGUACAGCAGAGGAGUUUGCCAAUCGUCUCUCCAAAGACGCUCAUCGCUACGGCCUCCGGGGCAUGGCAGCGGAUCCGGAGGAGUAUGACUUGUCGGACCUGAGUCGCCUCUCCGAGAUUGACAAGUCCUUAGCUGUGUUCUGCAUGGCCACUUAUGGCGAGGGUGAUCCCACGGACAAUGCCCAAGACUUCUACGACUGGCUGCAGGAGGCUGACACUGACUUGUCAGGUCUCCGAUUUGCAGUCUUUGGGCUGGGGAACAAGACUUAUGAGCACUUCAAUGCCAUGGGAAAGUAUGUGGACAAGAGACUGGAGGAGCUUGGAGCCCAACGCAUCUUUGAACUUGGGCUGGGAGAUGACGAUGGCAACUUGGAAGAAGACUUCAUCACCUGGAGAGAGCAGUUCUGGCCAGCGGUGUGUGAGCACUUUGGGGUGGAGGCUACAGGAGAAGAGUCCAGCAUCCGCCAGUAUGAGCUGGUGGUGCACACAGAUGUGAACAUGAACAAAGUCUACACUGGUGAGAUGGGUCGUCUCAAGAGCUACGAGAACCAGAAGCCACCGUUUGAUGCCAAGAACCCCUUCCUGGCCCAGGUUAGAGAGAACCGCAAGCUGAAUGAGGGUGGAGAGCGACACCUUAUGCACCUGGAGCUGGAUAUCUCCAAUUCCAAAAUCAGGUACGAAUCUGGGGACCAUGUGGCGGUGUACCCAGCCAACGACUCUUCUCUGGUGAAUCAGAUUGGUGAGAUCCUGGGCACGGAUCUGGACACAAUCAUGUCCCUAAACAAUUUGGACGAGGAAUCCAAUAAGAAACAUCCCUUCCCCUGCCCCACAUCCUACCGUACAGCCCUGACAUACUACCUGGACAUCACCAACCCACCCCGCACCAAUGUCCUCUACGAGCUGGCCCAGUAUGCCACGGAUGCCGGCGAGCAGGAGCGCCUCCGCAAAAUGGCAUCAUCUGCUGCCGAGGGGAAGGCUCUUUACCUCAGCUGGGUGGUGGAGGCCCGGAGGAACAUCCUGGCCAUCCUGCAGGACAUGCCCUCGCUGCACCCCCCCAUCGACCACUUGUGUGAGCUCCUGCCCCGCCUGCAGGCCCGCUACUACUCCAUCGCCUCCUCUUCCAAGGUUCACCCCAAUGCCAUCCACAUCUGUGCUGUGACAGUGGAGUAUGAGACCAAGACGGGACGCCUGAACAAAGGGGUGGCCACCAACUGGCUCAAGAGCAAGGUGCCUGACGAGAACGGGAGCAACUCCCUGGUGCCCAUGUACGUCAGGAAGUCGCAGUUUCGCCUGCCCUUCAAACCCAGCACGCCCGUCAUCAUGAUCGGACCAGGGACUGGCAUAGCCCCCUUCAUUGGCUUCAUUCAGGAGCGGGCCUGGCUGAAGCAGCAAGGCAAAGAGGUGGGCGAGACGGUGCUUUACUACGGCUGCCGCCGCGAGCGUGAGGAUUACCUGUACCGUGAGGAGCUGGCCCGCUUCCAUGAGGAGGGAGUCCUCACCCAGCUCAACGUCGCCUUCUCCAGGGACCAGGCUGAGAAGGUUUAUGUUCAGCACUUACUGAAGAAGAACAAGGAAAACAUCUGGAAGCUGGUUAAUGAGGGGAACGCUCAUAUCUACGUGUGCGGCGAUGCUCGCAACAUGGCCCGGGACGUGCAGAACACCUUCUAUGAGAUCGUGGCAGAGUUUGGGAACAUGAGCCAGCCCCAGGCUGUGGACUAUGUAAAGAAACUGAUGACGAAGGGCCGGUACUCUUUGGACGUCUGGAGUUAAGAGCGGGGCUGGCGGGGCUGGGGAGAGAACGGGUCCCCGGGCGUGGGCCCGUGGGAGGUGGAAAGUGCCUGCUCGCCCACUGCUGCUGUGGGUGACAGUGUCGUCCCCAGCCCACGGCUACCCCAAUGUCACUCCCAACCCCUCCUGGCCCACAACAGCCCCCCAGGGCAGGCUGUGUACCCUGGGGGGUGGAAGGAGUUGAGAGGGGCGGAGGGGUAGCUCAGGCUGUUGUCCAGGAGCUGCGGUGCCCCCGGCACCCCAGGGAGCACCUCAUGGCACCAGCGUUUGCCUUGAGGUCAGGGAUAAGGGACACAGCUGAUGUGGGGCAGGAGGGGGGGACGGUGCCGGGGGAGCUCUUGGGUCCUUCCCUGAACACAAGGUGUUGCCUUAUCCCCUGGGGCUGGAGACCACCCUGGCCUGCUGGCACGGGCAGCCUGGGGACAGCAGAGGGGUGGAGGAGCCGGCAGCCCCCUGCGCUCUGGGUUUGGCGUGAGGGCAUGGCGUGGGGCAGCCAUCUGUCCUCGCCUCCCUCCCACCCUGUGACAUCCCGGCAGGAUGUGGGGCUGGCAGCUGGCUCUGGGCACAGAGCUGCCCCACACCACCAGGACCUCGCAGGCACCCCGCUCCUUUCCCCCGCUGCCCGCCUUCGCUCCAGCAUGCAGCGGGGAGAGGGUGGCUCCUCUCCCCUCUGGAAGAGACCCAGUCUUGGGGGGCUCUCAGUCCGCAGGGACCCUGCUUGCUCCUUGCAGCCGGCAGCUUCCCUGUGCCCAGCCCCUCCCUCAUGGUGCAUACGGUCAUUUUUUAAAUAGUUUUUAUUUUAACAUCUUUGUGAUUUAAUCAUGGAAAAAAACCCAAA